UGUAGUUUCAUGCGUCGCAAAAGAAAAAAGAGUUGAUUUCAGAAAACAAAUAAAAUGACUUCACGUUCAUGUUCCAUUUUACUAAGAAUUUACCGAUCAGUCUCUCGUUCCGCAUUGAUUCAUCCAACCCUCAUCCAAAAAUCAACUUUUUUCUCUACAUUCCCUCCCGAUGAUCUGAAAAGACUCGAUCACAAGGACUGGUUGUCACCUAGAGAAGUCCUGAAAAUCUUCGACGGUCUGAGAAACCCAGAAUCAGUAAUGCCAGUCUUGGAUAGUGUUUCCAAGAGAAAAGACUUCAAACCCAAUGAAGCCCUUUACACUCUGGUAAUCAACAAGUUGGCACAAGCCCGCAUGUUUGAUGCCAUUGAAGAUGUCAUAAAGACGCUCAAGAUUGAUAAGCAAUGUAGAUUAUCUGAUGUGUUUUUCUAUAACGUGAUCAAGGUUUAUGGGAAUGUUGCAGGUCGGCCUGACAGGGCUGUUGAGACCCUUUUUGAUAUGCCCAAGUUCCAUUGUUGGCCUUCUGUGAAGACCUUCAAUCUUGUGCUGAAUAUGCUUGUAUCAGCGAAAAGAUUUGAUGUUGUUCACAAGGUGUAUGCGGGUGCUCCUGAGUUGGGUGUAGAGAUUGACGCCUGUUGUUUGAAUAUACUUGUGAAGGGGUUGUGUAGAAGUGGUAAUGUGGAUGCGGCAUGUGAGCUGCUCGAUGAAUAUCCUAAGCAAAGGUGUAGGCCCAAUGUGAGGACAUUUUCGACUCUGAUGCAUGGGUUGUGUGAAAGUGGUAGGGUGGAGGGGGCGUUGGGGUUGUUGGAGAGGAUGGAGAGGGAAGGCGUUUACCCUGAUACCGUCGUGUUCAAUAUAUUGAUAUCGGGGCUGAGGAAGCGAGGGAGAGUUGAAGAGGGGAUGGAGCUUCUGGGGAGAAUGAAGCUGAAAGGGUGCUACCCGAAUGCGGGGUCUUAUCAGGAGGUUUUGUAUGGUGUUCUUGAUACUGGGAGGUUUGGUAAGGCAAAGGAGUUCAUGUGUCAGAUGAUAGAUGAAGGUGUAAGUCCGAGUUUUGUGUCUUAUAAGAUGAUGAUCUAUGGGCUUUGCAAGGAGAACCUAGUUGCUGAUGUGGUUUGGAUUUUGAAGCAAAUGGUGGAACAAGGCUUUGUUCCGGAGAGGUGGAUGUGGAGGCGGAUUCUUCAGACCAUGUUCCCAAGGAAUGUCUCUCAGUCUGAAAUUAUGGAGGAAGUAGCCACUUGAAACCUGCACCUGCAGUGUAUGGUUCAUCAGCUAUAAAUUUGAAACUUUGGAUUGCAGCUGUUGUUCACUUGUUUUUCUAGUUGGCAACGAGAUUAUCAUUAAGAAACUGGCUUCUGGGCAUCCCCAUUCUUCAAAAUUCUCUUGUCCUGCGUGGCAUAUGCAUCUGAUGAAGUGGACCAUUCAUGUUCCUGCAAUCACCUUGUAUUUAGAAACCCAAGAGAAAAGCAAAGUUACACCUUAUUUCUGAGAACCGUAUAUGAGAAUUUCAUCUCGUACAGCUCAAGCAGAAACACCCAAAUGCCAUUGUUACAUUCAAGGACAUUCUCUUGGAGGCAAGUUUCUCUUUCUCUCUUAAACAUUUUUCAUUGUAGUAUCUGCACAGGCACGGGCAAUAGAGUUGAAGCAACUGAGCUUUUAAUAGAGAUAUGGUUCAUGUUUCUCACACGUAUACCUGAUUCGAAAGGCAGGCGUGCAGGGCCUUGAAUGCACAUUCAUUAGUGCAGUGCAUUCGAAGGGAUUUGAAACGCCUACAUGAUGCCCCUAUGGAAUUGGGCACCCUGUGUAUGUAUAAUCAAAAUUCUUUUGCUCUUUUGAUUCUGCAGUUUCUGAGUGUUAUUGGAGUUGAUACAAAUUUAAACAAACUUUAUAAAAGAAGCCGUAAACCUUUUUGGUUGUA